GCCACACGCGACCGAAUCCGUAAAUUUUUACACCAAGUGACGCGAGACAUUUAACGAACGGCAGGCUCAGUGUUGUUGGGCGUAAGAUGAAAUAAACCAAUCAGAGCUCCAGCUCCCAUGACCUCUAACCUCCAGCAUGUGUGAGCGGCAGAAGACCCAUGUCUUCCUGGGAGCUCCUCCCUCCUUUGGCCCAGGCUUGGUGUCUGAAGCUGGGCACGAGAGUGAGGCUCCUCCCCCUGCUGGGUGGAGACACCUGGAGCUCACCUGGAGAGGUGGACGUCUGAGGCCUGCAACAGGUUCUGCUGAAGUGCGGGAAGAACGAGUACGAACGAGCUCGGAUUACGAUGCCGUAAAGAUUCUGUGCUCCGAUCAUCGGGAACCUCCUGAGAUACUCGAGAGUCUUCAGGAUCAAUCAGGUCCCGAGAAGGAGGAUCAGUGUUUUGCUUCUAUUCAUGAGUAUCUGAACAGCUGCUUCCCUGAUGCUCAACCUGAUCCUGAUCCUGAUCCUGAACCUGAUCCUGAUCCUGAUCCUGAUCCUGAUCCUGAACCUUCACAUCAUAAACCCACACCAGCACACCCUCCUCUGUGUACAGACACUCAGUUCCUCGCCACCUGGACACUGAGUCAGGCCUUAAUCCUGAGAGGCAGCCGAAGCAUCCAAUUGGCACUAAGCCCAGAAAAAGCCCUGCCUCCCCAAACACCACCCAAACAAGCUAAGACCCCGCCCGCCAUCUCUUCCAGCACACCGGAGCUGUUCAGCCCCGUCACGCCAUCACCUGGAGCCUCCGCCGAGCUCUUCAGCCAAAUCUGCUUAACCCCGCCGCGGGUCACAAAAGGGGGUAUCGUCCUGGAGGCCACUGCAGGGGGCAUGCUCUGCUCCCAGGAGGCGGAGGCCACAACCAACCUCCACUCUCCCACCAAAUGCCCUAGUGUCAAGAAACCACGCAAAUGUGAGAAGCCAACGAGUCACGGCACGGCUGUGCUUCACUGUUCCACCACUCCUCUGGUCCAGUGUCUCAAACCAGGACUGAGGUUCUCGGUUCUGGUGGCCGUGGUUCAUCCCUGUCACCUGAAAGAGGUCAAGGUGAGGUCUGGUCCGUCCGCUGGGACAUUUGUCCCUCUGGCGUCCAUCGUGGUGACGGAUGAGUCGGACGUUGAGAUGAAGGUGGUUCUGUGGCGGCGGGCGGCGUUCUGGGCGUUGACCGUGAGUCCUGGAGACGUUCUGCUCAUCACAGGCCUGCAGGUGAACGAGGACAAGUGGAGAGGAGAGACUGUGCUGCAGUCCACCUUCAGCAGUAAACUGCUCAGCCUCGGACAGAUCACAGUGUCCACUUCACCAACGGCUCCUCAGCAGGUUGAUGCUCGCUCUCUCAGUCGACUAUGUUCAUUUCUCCGUGAGCGGCGUCCUCUUCUGGCGUCCGUGUGUCUCCGCCCGCCUCAGGACCUGAACCGCCUCCCUUACGCCACCCUGAGGUCACUGAGAGUCAACACACUGGUCCACGCACUGCUGCGAGUCACACACACACAUCUGAGCACAGAGUGGCGUGGAGAGGCGGAGUCUCGCUGCAGGUCAGCAGUUCAACUGAAAGCUGUUGUGACAGUGGAGCAGCCCGGCGGACAGCAGGGGGCGCUGCUGCUGUGGGGAGCUGCUGUGGAGUGGCUGCCCCGCUUCAGUGCAGACAAAAUGGCCAUCUGGGACUUCCACUUCCUCCUGGUGAGGGACAGUUUAACCUCUGACCUCCUCGAGAUGCACUCCACCCCCUGGAGCUCCGCCCACCGGCUGGACCCCACUGACCAGCGUCUGCGGGACUUCCUCGCUCCUCGACACAGUCCUGCGGGAGACGGCGUGGAGCUGGACGUGGACACGCUGCUGUCGCAGAAAUACAACGGUGUGGUGGAGCUCAGAGUCCAGGUCGCCGCCUUUAGCUUCCAGAACUCUCCGUCCUCCCAGAAUGCACCUCGGCUGUUACUGGACAGCUCCACGCCGCUGAACGGAGUCCUGGAGGCGCUGAGCGGAGACGCCACGUACGCCGGCUGCGGUCGCUGCUCCGCCGAGCUCAGCACCGACGCCAACGGCAUCUACAGCCCCUGUUACCCGUGCCUGCCCCUCACUGGUGUACGCCGGUACUACAGGCCAGGUGUGCUGACUGUGAGUGGGCGGGGCUAUAGUCAGCUGUGUGUUCUGGCUCCUCCUGUUCCUCUGCAGAAAAUCCUCAAAGCUCCACCCGAUAAACUCCACAGGAGCUCAGCUCCCGGCUCGCAGGUGAAGCUCAUCCAGGUGGCAGCAGAGAGGCUCCACGCCCUCCUCUCCCUCCCAAAGAAAACCUUUGUCAUCACCAUCAGGAGCCACUUCCUGUGCGACGAGAACAGCGCCCCCCUCAGUCAGGACUUUACGCUGCUCGACCUUCAGUUACCGACUGAUUGUAAAUAAUCAGUAAAACCUCAAGGGUAAAUUCAUGACGUUGUCUUCUUGAUGGACACUGACACUUCAGCACAGGACGAAACAAAAAAACAUGUCUAUUUACUUCCUGUUGUUGACGUUGAAAUAAAAAGGUUCUGCCUCUGUCGUUUAUUUUAAA